GGUGUGGGGUAAGGAAGGAGUCCUGACUCGUCGGGGACUCCAUAAUUGGAGCGACGCGGACGACGACGACGACGACGGGGUCAAGACAAAGAGAAGGUUGCCGGCGGACGGUGGCUUCGUGCGUCAAAUCCUUCGUCUUGAUUUCUCAAUAUUAUCAUCAUUCUCUCACAUUCUUAUCAAGAUCAGGCAGAGGAUUUUUGAAGUUGCAAUCGAAGGUAGCCUCUUUUUUUUCCCCUCCUUAUUACCGCCGAAUUGUCUCCGAUCAUCCGCCUGAUUGUCAGCUGCGGACCGCGGCGGUUUUUCCCCACGCGCCUCGUGCAAAUGGCUUAUUCUGCAGACUCAUGGAUGAAGGAAUAUAAUGAAGCGGCUAAGUUGGCUGAUGAUAUCGGUGGCAUGAUCUCCGAGCACGAUAAAUUGGUUUCGUCGGGGCCGGAAAACCAGCGUCACGCGUCUUCCAUACGGAGGAAAAUAACGAUUUUGGGCACUAGGUUGGAUAGCCUGCAGUCUGUCCUAACGAAGAUGCCUGGCAAUCGGCCUAUAUCUGAAAAAGAGAUGAACAGGCGCCGAGACAUGCUUUCUAGCUUGAGAACAAAAAAGGACCAGAUGGCUUCUGCGCUGAACAUGUCAAACUCUCGAAUUAGAGAUAGUUUGUUAGGUCCAGAUGCAAAACCAGCUGAUGCGAUGAGCAGAACUGUCGGCUUGGACAAUCAAGGCAUUGUUGGUCUUCAGCGUCAAGUUAUGAAAGAGCAAGAUGAAGGUCUUGAAAAGCUUGAGGAGACGGUGAUAAGUACAAAACAUAUUGCCUUGGCAGUUAACGAAGAACUGGACUUGCAUACAAGACUAAUUGAUAGUUUGGACCAGCAAGUGGAUGUCACAGACUCCCGUCUACGGAGGGUGCAGAAGAACUUGGCUAUACUGAACAAGCGCAUGAAGGGCAGCUGCACCUGCAUGAGCAUGCUUUUAGCAGUUAUUGCGAUCGUGAUUUUGGUGGUCGCCAUUUACUUGGUAAUCAAGUACGUGUAACACUAACCACAGUGAACACGGUGAUCUGCCCAUUUGUUUUUCUGUGGUCUUGGCUAUAAAUUCCUGCCAUGAUAGCAAUAUAUUUCUCAUGUUUUGUUAUGUUGGCUAUAUAAGAUGUUAAUAAUAACCGUGACGAGUGGCUCCUGUUAAUCAAAUUCGUUUGCGAGCAUGGUAA